AUGGAGCCCCGGGGCGGCGGCGCGGAGGGCCCGGCCCGCGGCCCGCGGGUGCUGGUGGUGGGCGGCGGCAUCGCGGGGCUGGGCGCGGCGCAGCGGCUGUGCGGCCGCCCGGCCCGCCCCAGCCUGCGGGUCCUGGAGGCCACGGCCCGGGCCGGGGGCCGCAUCCGCUCGGAGCGCGGCUGGGGCGGUGUGGUGGAGGUGGGCGCCCACUGGAUCCACGGCCCCUCGCCGGGCAACCCCGUCUUCCAGCUGGCGGUUGAGUACGGGCUGCUGGGGGAGAGGGAGCUGUCGGAGGAGAACCAGCGGGUGGACACGGGGGGCCACGUGGGGCUGCCCUCGGUGUCCUACACCAGCUCCGGGGGCAGGGUGAGCCUGGAGCUGGUGGCAGAGGUUGCCGGUCUGUUCUACGGCCUCAUGGACCAGGCCCGGGAGUUCCUGCACGCGGCGGAGGCCCCCGCAGCCAGCGUCGGGGAGUUCCUCAAGAAGGAGAUCAGCCGGCACAUGGCUGGCUGGACAGAGGACCAGGAGACCAAGGAGCUCAAGCUGGCCGUCCUGAAGAGCCUUUUCAACCUGGAGUGCAGUGUGAGCGGCACGCACAGCAUGGACCUGGUGGCCCUCAAGCCCUUCGGCGAAUACACCGUGCUGCCCGGGCUGGACUGCACCUUCUCUGGGGGCUACCAGGGGCUCACGGACCGCCUCGCCGCCUCGCUGCCCGCAGACGCGCUGGCCCUUAACAAGCCGGUGAAGACCAUCCACUGGCAGGGGACCUUCCGGGAGCCCGAGUCUCCGGGGGACACCUUCCCGGUGCUGGUGGAGUGCGAGGACGGGGACCGCUUCCUGGCACACCACGUCGUGGUCACCGUGCCCCUGGGCUUUCUCAAGGAGCAUCUGGACACCUUCUUCCAGCCCCCGCUGCCCCCCGAGAAGGCAGAUGCCAUCAGGAGACUUGGCUUCGGGACCAACAACAAGAUCUUCCUGGAGUUCGAGGAGCCUUUCUGGGACCCCGGCUGCGAGCACAUCCAGGUGGUGUGGGAGGGCUCCUCGCCCCUGCAGGACGCGGCUGCCCCGCUGCAGGACGCCUGGGUCAAGAAGCUCAUUGGCUUCCUGGUCCUGCCUUCCUUCGAGUCUGCCCACGUCCUCUGUGGCUUCAUUCCUGGGCUGGAGUCAGAGUUCAUGGAGACACUGACCGACGAGGAGGUGCUGCAGGCCCUGACCAACAUGCUUCGCAGAGUGACAGGAAACCCGCAGCUCCCGGCGCCCAGGAGCAUUCGGAGGUCCCGCUGGCACAGCGCCCCCUACACUAGGGGCUCCUACAGCUACGUGGCCGUGGGCAGCACCGGGGAUGACAUUGACCUGUUGGCUCAGCCCCUCCCCGAGGACGGCAAGGGGUCCCAGCUGCAGGUGCUGUUUGCCGGGGAAGCGACACACCGGACGUUUUACUCCACCACGCACGGGGCGCUGCUGUCCGGCUGGAGGGAGGCUGAUCGGCUCAUCGCACUGUGGGACUCACAGGCACAGCCGGCAGGGCCGGGGCGCUGAGCCUCCCCACUUGCCAUGAGCUGGCUCUGCUCCUCCCAGGGGGCUGGCCCUUCCCUCCUCUGGCCGGGGAUGCUCAGCCUGGGUUCAGAUUUGGGGGUCUUAAUGGCCCCUCCCGCUGGUAACCGAAGGUCAGCUCUCUGCUCUGCCUACCUGUUGCUGGCGUGCAGCCAGGGCCGACCUUGAGCUGAGCAGCGUGUCUGGGGGGUGCUGCUGGCAUGACAUAAAGGUGUCUCAGCCCUGAGUCCACUGUCCUGUGUCAUUUCGCCUCAGGCGAGGGCUUCUGUUCUCUGUUCCUGUGGCCCGAGGCCCAGGCUAUUGCAGACCCUGUGUGUGGCUCCUGUCCCUCACUCCUGGGGCUGCAGGCUAUCCUGCUCCAGC